CGGGUGGUGAACUGGCCCUCCUACCUGCCGCAGCACGAGGUGCGCCUGGCCGUGAAAGCCGCCUUCCAGCUCUGGAGCAACGUGUCCUCCCUGGUGUUUUGGGAGGCACGGGAUGGCCCGGCCGACAUCCGCCUGACCUUCUUCCACGGGGACCACAACGAUGGACUCAACAACGCCUUCGAUGGACCAGGAGGUGCCCUGGCCCACGCCUUCUUCCCCCGGCGCGGAGAAGCCCACUUCGACAGCGCCGAGCGCUGGUCCCUGCACAGCGGCAAAGGGCGAAACCUCUUCAUCGUGGUGGCACACGAGGUCGGCCACACGCUGGGGCUGGAGCACUCCCCCGUCAAGAGUGCCCUGAUGUCCCCCUACUACAAGAAACUCAGCAAGGAUUUUGUCCUCAGCUGGGAUGACAUCUUGGCUGUCCAGAACUUGUACGGUGAGCUUGGCUUCCCUGAGCAUCCCUCGCAGCGAAGCCUCAGCGCCUAUUACUGCCACUCCUUCUUCGACGCCAUAACUGCAG